AUGGAUCCCGUCACGGAUCCCGUCGCGGCGCCUCGUCGCUCCGUUGCCGCUGCCAUCUCCGUGCUGCGAGACUCGGCCACUUCCUUGUGCUUCAACGACCUCGGCAAACCGCCUGACCCGGCACAGACCCGGCCUCCGUGCAGAGGCCUGGCGACCGAACUGCUCCUCUUUGGCGGCGCCCUCUUCAGCCUCGAGGCGCUGGCGGCAGAGCUCGAGUCGGCCUCGCACGAGCCAGUAGACGCCGACUCCCUCCUGUUCCUGCAGCAGAUCAAUUCCCUCCUCCAGUCUGUUAGAGGCGGCCUCGCCACUCUCACCCCGGGCCUCGUCAGCCAUUUCAGGGAAGAAUCCAAGGCCUUGCGCUCCAAAAUCACCCAUGUCCUCGCUCGGUCCCGCUCUCUCGCAGACCUCGUCAUCCUCCUCUCGGCCCACAACGGGGCCUCGACCUUGGCAAACGAUCCCCAGCACGCCAGCGACUGGGUCAAGAUGCUGAUCCACCCGCGCCACAACCGUGAGCCGCGCAACUUCCACCUUGAGAAGCGCUUCAUCCAAGGCAGGCGGGUCGAGUUCCCAGACUACUCGCACGCUGCCACUAGGUGGCUCGAGUAUGCCGAGGACCAUUGGCCUAUUCUCCAGCCUCGAAUUAUCCAGCUGUUCACCGGGCCGCCCCAGUCCUUCAACUUUGUCCAAUGGGCCCUCGAGUACGCCCGAGAGACAUGGCCCGCCAGGUUUGGCCUUGACUGUGCCGAUCCACGUCCCACCAUCGACCUCACCAAUCACCUUUGCAACGGUUCCAUCUCCCCGCUGCACCUUGCCGCCGCUCUUGGCCUACCCAAUCUUGUCCAGACCUUGCUUUCCUCCGGGACCGAGGCCGACCAGCCCGGCCCUCUCGGCACCCCCCUGUACUGCGCCCUCGUCGGCCAUCAUGUCUUGGUCGCCGGAGACUCGCCCGAAUCCUGGUCCACCGUCCUCCGUCACGAUCCUCGCCUGGCCCCCCGCCACGCUGCAGUCAGGCGGCUCCUCGAUGCUGGGCCCGACUGCACAUGGCGGUUCCGAUGGCCCGGCCGUCGCAAAGCAUCCCUGGCCGGGUUGGCAUUUUGGUUCGCGUGCCUCGUCAACGACCACACCAUCUUCGAGCGGGUUCUCGAGGGCGGCGCGACCAUCGACGAUGACUUUGCCUUUCUCAUUUCAGAUGCCAAAUUCGUCGACUGCGCGAAGCCCUACAAGUAUACACUGGGCCUGCUGCUCACUUGCGCAUUCGACUCGACCUACGACAACAUGAAGGAGUGGCCGUGGCAUCGCACCGACUCGGUCCUCGAGGCCAUCGGCGAUCUGAUGAGACAGCAUCAACUCGACUUUGCCUGCGGCUUGGGCCAGAGCAGACGGCUGGCCAACGUUUCCGACCUUCAGUUGCCAACGCUCGUCCGCGGGGCCAUCUUGGACGACGAGGUGUGCCAGGUCCAGCGGCUGAGCAUGGAUCCUCGUUUCGACCCCAACUUGCUCGCCAACGAGGAAGUAGAGGGGGAGGGCAACAUCGCCCACCUUGCCAUCGAAGGGGACAAUCUCGAUGUCGUCGAUGUCCUCGCCGCGGCCGGCGCCGAUUUCACCGCAAGGGACGGCAAGAACCGAACGCCACUGAUGCGGGUGGAGAGCGUGGCGAUGCUGUCCAAGCUCGUGCAGCUUGGCCUGCCCACGACGGAUACCGACGAAACGGGACGCAACAUCUGGCACUUUGCCGCCGCCACCAAUGACCUGCCGCUGCUUGAAUGGCUGGCUGCCAACGACCCGUCCAAGGAGGAGAACCUGACCGCAGUGACCGCGGAAGGCUAUACGCCUUUGGAGGAGGCCCUCCAGUACAGCCGCUGUUCGAGAGGCCACAGGAGAUUGUCCAAGCUGGGGGGGCAGGAGGUCCGGCCUUCGGAGCCAGUAGCCGCAUUUUACAUCCUGAGUGCCGGUGCAGUCUGCCGAAACCCCCCCCCCUUCCCCCUCAUCUCGUCUGCCGUCGACUGGGGGUCGGUCGACUUGGUGCGGAAACUCUAUGCUGUAGGUGCGGACCCACGGGCCGUCGACGAGCUGGGGAGGACGGCGCUCCACUACCUCAACAUAUCCGCAACGCCGGCGCUCGUGUCUCUUGUCCAAGGCUUCUGCAGCGGGCUUCCCGUCAGCGGGCCCGACGUCGACGAGGGCCGCACCACCGAGGGGCUAGACAUCGAGGCCGGCCUCACCCCUGCCGAGACCAUUCUCACCAACACGUCGCUCAUCAAGACGACCGACCAAUUCUGGACGCCGUCGGAGCACAACUCUUGCCGUGGCACGCUCUCUGGGAAGGCUUACACGCUUCUUCUCACCCCGCAGAUGCUCGACCAUCGCGACCGCUUCGGCAGGGGCAUGUGGGCUCGCUUCUGUCAGAAGGUCCUCAUCCGCCUCGCCAUGCAAAUCGGCGUGAGAGACGCUCCCAGCGACUGUUCCCUCUACACUUCCUCAUUGGAAUUUCUGCGAACCUCGCUCCUCACCGCCAUCGACUGCCUGAUUCGGCAGGGCGCCCUGGCUCGGCACGAGGACGAGACGGGGCUACCUGCCGUUCUGUGCCUGCACACCGCGGAGCCCGGCGAGACGGACGCCUGGCCGGAGCCGCUGAUGCCGUUUGCGCAGCACAUCCUGGAGCGCUUCGUCAAGAGCCCCUUGGCGGCGAAGUUCUACCAGUCGCCAGAGGCAACGAAGCUGCUUAUCGCAGCCCAUCAUUACGGCCAGAAGGAGCUGAUUGAUAUGCUUAAUGAAAAGUUCGUGGUUGGAUUUGACGCAACCGCAUGUUCCGAGCAGUUUGCAUACGACGAUUGCUGA